GUCAGGGUGAAGUUCGUAUGUCCCAGGCGUCUCUGAACACGUCACCGAACUUUUUCGAAGGGGCUGUUGAGGUGAAGAAAAGUGGUUUAUUAGUGUGGGGCGUUUAAUAUGUCGCAGGUUAUCGCGUGAGAAGCGGAUUAUAUAGCUAUCUGGACAUGCUCCAAAAGACUUUACGGAAGUUUUCCAGCUUUGACAACUUUGCUGAGCUGGGUGUUUGACUGCUCUGAUUUCUGUACCUGGACUCGUUCAAAGCGAACCAUGUCGCAGCCGGAGCAGAAAGAGCCCACCCUGAGCUCGGAUGCACCUAAACCCGCUCCGGUGAACCCCAGAGCGGUCUGUAGCGUGUGUAAACGCCUUUACCGGGACCCUAAAAUCCUCCCCUGCCUUCACACGUUCUGCUCCGACUGCAUCGGCCAGCUGGAGGCGUUCUCGGUGUCUUCUCGUGGGAACGGGAGUUGCGGAGAGGCGGUGAAGACAAGCCGACAAAGCGUCACAACAACGGUACUGUGUCCCGAGUGUGACUCCGAAGUGGACCUCCCUCAGCAGGGUCCGGCCGGACUGAGUACAGACCACCUGGCGCUGGACGAAGUGUUCCUGGAGACCCUGGUGACCAACGGCCCGCUGGGAUGCGACCUGUGCGGGGAAGGAGGCGCUGAGAGCCGCUGUGAGGUCUGCUCGGUCAACCUUUGCGAGUUCUGCUGCCAAGCUCACAGACGUCAGAAGCGAACAGCGUCUCACUCUGUUCAGGCGGUGGAGGACCUGAAGGCUCGUGGACGUCUUGGUCGUCCCAUCCUCUGCUCUCUUCACCCCGGCCAGGAGCUCAGGCUCUUCUGUCAGCUCUGCGACCUACCCGUAUGUCUGGACUGCGCUUCCACGCUGCACAGAGACCACCACUGCUGUCCUACGCACGACGUCAUCGACCAUCACGGUGACCGUAUUCGAGAUCUGGUCAGCACGCGUCUACGACCCCGACUGGAGCAGAUGGAGGAAGUUCUACAGAAGGUGGAAACUUCCCAGGAGAAUUUGAAGGUACGGGUCGAGGCAACAGCCAGUGAGAUCAGAGCCUUUGCUCGAGGCUACGCCAGCGCUGUGGAGGCCCAUUGUCUGUCUCUGCUGCGGCGCCUAGAGGAGCUUCAGGUCCAGCGCAGAAACGUCCUCCACCUGCAGAGCGUGCAGCUGCAGCAGGGCCUGCUGGAUGUCCGAGGCAGUGUGGCGUUUGCCGAGCGCCUCCUGAGCUGUGGGUCUGACGCCGAGAUCCUCAGCGCUAAAGGAGUGACUCUAAGACGACUCGCCAGCCUGGCAGAGAGAGGCUAUAACCCUUGUCCAGCGGCGGUCGCCCCAGACGAUAGCAGCAGCAUUUGCUUCCUGCCCAGAGAGCCAGCCGGAGAGGUGGAGGGCUACCCAGUGGUGGGUGUGAUUAACUGGAGGACGCUGGAUGUCAGCAGGUGCACCAUUGAAGGAGAAGGUCUGCGGCGGGGCAGCGAGGGCCAGCCGGGCCGUUUUAGCCUGGUGUGUCGAGACUCAGCCGGGGAGCAGAUGGCUCGAGGAGGAGAGCAGGUCCUCGUCAGCAUCGUCCACAAAGAGAAGAAGAACUGCGCUGUGGAGACGGUGGUGGUGGACAACGCUGAUGGAACGUACAGCGUUUCAUACAAGCCUGAGGAACCAGGACCUUACUCUGUGUGGGUUUGUGUCAAAGCCCAGCAUGUGAAGGGUUCUCCGUUCCUGCUGAAUGUGAAGAAGAAGUUCAGACACCACGGUGGGACGUUCCACUGCUGCUCCUUCUGCUCCAGUGGAGGAGCCAAAGAGGCAAUCUGUGGCUGCGCAGGAACGAUGUCAGUUUGUAGCAGGCGCUCUAUAAACACGAGCUCAGCAUUCUUAAAUCAGCCUGAGCAGUUUGCUCUUCCACCGACAUCCACGUCUUCCUGCUGUGAUGAACACCUGCCCCAUGGACGACGACUUGGAGGUUGCAGACCCAGAAGAGGACAUCGACACAAGAGUUGAGGAGAUGACGGCUCUGAAUGAAACGGUCUGUACAUUUGAAGAGGGCUGACUGACAGGGAAAGGAGAUUUGUCAAGGGAAAAAAGGGGAAAUGUGGUUAAUACAGUUCUUAUUUUUUAUUGUGUAUUCAACAUUUUUCUGCUUUAGUAACUAACUUUUCUGUAUUUCUAUAUUUCCAGAAUGAGCAUUGCCAUGGCGACCUGGUGAAUAAUAAAUAUUUAUAUUUCUCUCUCUGCUUUUCAUGUAAUUUUUUUGUAGGUUCUUCGCAAUAUUGAGAGGGCACAGGACACCCAGAGGAAGACCUUUGGAACAGGGAAAAGGAAGCUAGUAAGGCAGUGUGUUGUUCAAGCAGGUGAUGACGUGCUUUUGUCAGGAGAUCCAAAAAGGAGACGCACGGGAGAUGCAUUCUCCAGCCAUCACCAGGGACCGUACACUGUGGCCAGCAUCACACCAAAGGGGGUGGCCACUAUUGUGAAGGGAGCAACUUGCCAGAAGGUA